ACCCUUCGUGAUGUCUGAAGAUAAGCACUCCUGUACCUUAGGGGCUAUAUUAUGCUAAUUUGUAUUUUUGUCUUACGCUUACUUCCUCUUUUGCUGUCAGUUACUGUUGGAAACUUUCAUGGCAGGGAAUUCCCUUGCAUAUACGAUAGUGUUAUAAGCCCUUUGGACUGUUAACUAGCAGUAAGACAGGAAGCUUUGGACAGAGAUUGAAUACAGAUAGAACCCAGAAGAGAGAGUUUUAACAUAUCGCAUGUUGAAGGUCUUUAUGACUAAGUCACAAGCUGUACAGAUGGUUAUGUAGUGGUAGUAGUAGUAGGAGGACAUUUUUUUGGUUAUGGAUAGAACUGACCAGUGGGCAUCAUAUCCAUGGGCUGCUCACUUAAUGUCCCCUCAGCUGGAACAAGGUGCUGGAUAAACAGGUAGAAAAACACCUGUUAUUAGGAUAAAGCAGACUGGAUUGUAUCAGAGGAGAUUGACAGAAGGGGCUGCUACUCUGCAGGGUUGUUUGUAUACUGCCUUGUUUGUACUGUCCAGUAGUUAUCGCCAGAUCAAGUUUUGAUGAAACACGAGUGAACUUGUGGAGUGAAGUUGUCAGCAGACACAUGGUGAAUGGUUGUUAUACAUGUUCAACAGGGCUCUUUAAGUGACAGUUUUUGUAAUAAUGCUGACAGCAAUACAUGUACAAGGAAAUGAUAUAUAUAGAUAUUCAACUUGAGCAUUUAGGGGAUGUACUACUAAGUGACAGUCUCUCUUAACUUGCCUGUUGGGUAGGUGUAUAUAUACACGUGAUAAAUCAUAACCUUUCAGCCUGAUUCAGUGGAAAGUGCUCUUCAGGUCUGUUACAUAGAUAAAACUGUAGUUUGAUAGAGCUAUAGAAUGCAGCAACAGCUCAUUAUUCCUGGCUGAACAAAAAUGAUGUAUACUUUUAUAAACCAUCCUACAGAGGGUUAUUAUGGAGUACGUCUGGAGUGAUGUGAAUGGAUAGUGACAUCUAAAUGAUUUGACAAAUGGUGGCACUGAAAAACAGGAAAGUUAUGUGAAGAAAUUGAGGCAGCACAGAAAAAAAUGUGCCAUGCCAGUGAUCAAGAAUCAUGAAUGAUAACUGAUUUGGGUUUCUAUCCUCCAUAUAUACUCAGUGAAUCCAGAGAACAGUGGUUAUUUUGAACUAGCAGAGGUAGAUGUUAAUUAUUAUAUGUGCAUUCACAUCACAUCUUAAGUAUCUCAAACUAUAACAGUGGAACUCCUUGAUGAUGAAUCAGGAGAUAAACACUUAUUUUAACAUUUGUUUAUGAAGCAGGCUUAUAUUCAGCUUCUUAUACUGGUUGCUGAAAACUUUUUCAAAUAUGCCAUUUAAAAAGUUCGCAGAGAGGAUUUUGGGUCGCCGGCCACGAGCAUGGACAACAGGGCAUACACCUGAUCCGGAUACAGUGUUUCAAAACUAUGAUGUGCCUAAACCUGUGGUGAUAGAUAUGGCGUAUGAUAUAGCGCUGAUAUAUGCUUAUGAUGCACAGCAAUGGGUAGAUUUCAUACAAAGUCUGUUGGAGGGUAUAGAUGCUGACAUGAAGUCUAAGAUCUACAGUGCCUCGCUGGACGAGCUGACCCCUCCACUGCACCCCAAACUAGUCAGCAGCAUUGCACAAGCAAAGGCCCAGGUGUUCAUACUAUCCCCACAGACUUUGCAGUUCCUAGAGGAAACCCCACUGGAUGAUUUUGAAAGUUUGUUUCAGAAUCCACACAAGGGGAUUGCAGUGUAUUUAGGUGUAGAUCAGGAUGACGUUAAAGACUGUCACGCAGAAAAAAUUCCAAGUUUUUCUCAUUGGACAAAAGUGUAUGAGGUUGGAGAAACACCAUGUGAUGUCAAGAAAAAUUUGUUGGCAAAAGUCAUUGAAACAGUAGAUGCCCAGAAUUGUGAAAACUAUGAAAAUGUGGCUGAAAAUACGCCUCAAAGCAUGCCUGAUUCUUCUUAUAUGGACAUGACUGUUCACAGCGGACGGUUAACUCCUGAUGAAGGAAAAACACAUACUGAAGUUGACAAGCAGCAUGUAGAUGAGGACGCUUUGUAUUUUGAGAUGGGUAACACAACAGUCUCUGAUGAGGCCCCCCUGUAUUUAGAAAUGCAGUCCCCCAGAAGUACAGCAAAACCACCUGCAAAUCAAAGUGCAGAGACCAGCCGGCCAAAAAGGUCAAUGGAAAAGAAAUCCAAAAGAAAAAAGUCUGACUCUGGAAAAGCACAAUUUAGGAUAUACCCCAAACAGCUGAACUUUCAGAACAAAGAUGACAUCAUUGCCACAUUCCACAGUCAGCCCAGCAAUCCCAAAGUUUACAUUCAGUAUCCUGAUAGAAGAGAAGAAAUUCAGAAGAAGAAGAUCAAUGUGCUGACAUACAAGAUCAUCCUUCCAGAUGAUGUCCAAUCAGGGACUAUCAACUUUGCCAUUUAUGAUGAAGGCAAAUGCCUGGGUAUACAGGGUGUGGACUUCUUGACCCAGUUAGAUGAGCUGACCGCCCUCUUACAAGUAACCCUAACCCCUCUGUCCCUCCUGAGCAGUGCUCUGGGUGUGGACAGUGCUAACACUGAGGCAGUUGACCAGGCACUGUCUGAAAUGUUCCAAAAGGCUAUGCCUGAGCAGGGAAUGCUAGGACUGUUCCAGUCUUAUCGACAGCAGCAGGAAGAGAAAAGCAGCAAAGAACUCCCAACCCUCAUUCAUUUCGCUGCCAAAUUUGGACUCAAGGAGCUGUGCAACCUCCUUUUGAGUUGCCCGGGCGCGAGGGAGGCCUUCCACGUAGAGAAUUGCGAUGGCGACUAUCCAAAUUUGAUAGCUGAGAAAGCAGGUCAUGAAGAACUGGCUGAGUUGAUGGAGGAGUUUAUUUCAACUGAAGAAGUGGUUGAUGACAUAUAUAUGACAAUGCAUGGUGGAAGACAUAUGUAUGAUGACAUGAAGUACAUAAGAGGCAAUGCUGGUUAUGAUCGUCCAUUUCCUGUGGCUAUUCCACUUGGUUCCCCAGAGGUGUACUCUGAUGUCCCUGAUGCCAGUGGCUCCCCUGUCAUCCCAGGCUACAUAUCAAUGAGAGGACAUUCACCUUCGAGUUCGCCCACCAUGCCUCCUCCUUCCUCUCUGCCUCCUACUCUGGCAACAGUGGCGCCGCCUGCAGGUGACCCACCUCUGCUGCCACCUGGACGGCCAGGCUCUCUGAAGAGUCCAGACGUAGACUAUGAGUAUGCUGACACUCAGUUUGGAGCUGCCAGUAGUGCAACCCUUCCUAUCAUGUCCAAAAUGGCGUCAGAGCCAUCUGGUGGCAUAAUGGCUGUGCAACAAAGGAGAGGUCCAGUCUCCCUGGUCAGUCCAGAGUCCAACAGUCUCCAGCAACUGAAGGACAUCCAGGAGGAGUUCAAGAGAGGCGACCUCAGCAUGGAGGACGUGACGCUCCUGUUUGAAGACUGGAAUAAGAGAUACGCAAGUCCACCAAAAUCCUUUAAGGAAAGAAAGGAUAUGUUGCAAGAAUUCAAGAACCAAAAUCAAAAAGCAAUGGAAAAGUGUGAUAAGACCAAGAAAUCCAUGUUUAAUGUGUUUACUAAGAAGAAAAGCAAGCCGAGUCUCCCUACAAUUGAAAAGUUAGCAUCAGCAUCAAGUCUAGAGAUCAGGAACAUAACAAAGGUAGACAUGCAGCAGAAGUUUACCAGAGGCCUGCAACAGGACCGAGUUAGCACAUCCAGCAACAGCAGUACUUCUUCCGACGACUCGCGCUCCAGUGUUCGUGACAGUGGCUCGUACAGUAGUGAAGAGGUACAUGGCACAGAUCCCCCAAGAUGGGGUCACCCUUCUACUGAAAAAACUAGACUAUCAGAGAGUAUUGGAGAUCCAAUGGCGCCAAUCGAAGAGGAACAGUGUUCCCCCCAAGCUUCAGGGAAAGAAGCAAGUCACAGACAAUCAGCUGAAAAGCUACAGAAAUUGAUGGAAACGGACAUUUCCCUGCCCAUUCCUCCUAGACCCCCCAAACCUGGAGUCAAAUCCCCCAUGCCCCCUCACAUUCCCAAGAAACCUGCACCACCACCAAAAGAUCUCAAACCUCAGCUACACACCCAAUCAGACACCACUUCACCCCCGGUACCUGCUAGACCUACACCCUCACCACCCACAACUACGUCACUGUCACCAGAACAAGCACCGCCACCUCCUGCCAAGCCCCAAGUCAGGGCAAGAAUGUCACCAACCCCCUUCGCAACCACAAAUCCUGCAGAGGGCAGCACAGUAGUUGAGCAGACGACAGGUGCUGUGAGGAGUCCUGCCUCACCUCGGAGACCUAGGGGUGGAGGCUACGAUGAUGUUAUUAAGCAAAUGUUCUCAAAGAACAUAGUCAAAGGAGUAAGAAGUGGUGAAGAAGAAGCACCAGAGCAGACGGAGAGUGCAGUCAAGGAGCCAGUAGAGGAGAAUUAUGAUGACAUUCCCAGCAUGCCAGCACCACCGCCACCGCCAGCGCGUCCACCAAAACCAAAACGAUUCUAGGAAAUUUCCUAAAGACUGUUUGAAAGUAUUGGUUGCAAAAAAUGCUGCAUAUAUGUGAAGAUGCUGUAGUCUUUGCAGUCUUCC